GGCGGGGCGGGGCGGCGCGACGGAAAGAGGUACGGCGGGAGGCGAGCGGGCUCUGGGGGGAGUGAUGGGUUUGUGCUGCGGCCGCCUUCCUCUUGUUGGCGGGAGAGGGCUCUGCCUGCCCUCAGCGGGAGUGGGGCAGGGGAUGGGAUGGGAGCAGCCUGCGCGGGGACAGCUGGCGACUGGGCACGGCCUGCUGAGGCCAUGAAGGGUGGUGGAUCAGAGGGCAGCUGUGAGCCCGGCCCCUGACCUCGUUCUUAGGGCUGAUGUCGUAGCGCGGCCUCCUUUAGCCCUGUAGUUUCUGAGAGAACUGCGGCUGUGCGGGGGAUUAAGUCACUGCUUCUAGUAUUAAAGGCUUGACACGAAGCAAGGGCUGGGACCAUGGCUGUUGACUGGAUUGGGUUUGCAUAUGCAGCUCUGUUGGCUGUUGGAGGUGUUAUAGGAUACACUCGUAAAGGUAGUAAAAUUUCUUUAGCUGCUGGUCUUACCUUUGGUUCCGUGGCUGGCUAUGGAGCUUACUGUGUAACACGUGAUCCAAGGAAUGUGAAGAUCUCAUUGUUUUCAGCUUUUCUUUUGACCGUUAUAAUGGGAAUGAGGUUCAAGAGGUCCAAGAAACUGAUGCCAGCCGGACUUGUAGCAUGCCUGAGCCUUCUGAUGAUUUUGAGGCUUGUUUUUAUGCUUCUAUAGGAGAAUGUAGCAACUUGAGAACUGAAGUAUGACAGCCAUGCCUACCUCACAAACAGGCAGGCUCUCCAUACUUGAAAAACAAAUUAGAACACAUCUUACUUUGCUUUUAUCUUUUCUGUAAAAGAUCAAUACCUGUACCCUAAUUACUGGCACUUGCCAGCUGGCAUUUUGCAAGCUAUUUGUAAAAGCUAAAACAGUUUUGUUAAUGAUACAUUUUGAUCUGCUUAAGCAAUCUGUUAACUCGAGGGACCUUUACCUCUAGGUUUGAUAGCUUUCAAAGGUGCUGAGCACACCAGGAAACUGCAUUAGCAUUGCACUGUAUCCCAGAGAUGUAUUGUUUUGAAGCAUAAUUUUGUAGCUUCUGUAAUUAAGUAAUCAAUUCUAACCAUAUUGUUACUCACUAAUGAAUAAAGGCAUGUGCCCGUACUGUCUUAUACAAAAACCCAUCUUCCUUUUGAAUACAUUUAUCUUCUUCCACUGUUUCUAAAUAUAAAACUGACUAUCAGUAUUGAAAUAAAACUUAAAAUGUUUGAAGCUUC